AUGGCCGCUCGCAUACAAGCUGCAGGCCCCCUAAGACGCAAGCCCAACCGUCACUACAGGCUUCUCGGCUUUGACUCGAGUCGACCGGCAAAGAAAUGCUGGUGGAGCUAUCGAAUGUAUAAGAAUGCCGACAACAAGUUACCGGAAAUACUGUACAGUAAGACUAAAGAGGACUCGGAAAAGAUAGUGAAGCAAUUUCUCAAUGAACCCGUUGUGGGUUUUGAUAUGGAGUGGCCGUGGAAUGAUUGGAAGAAAGAGACUCUUCAGAACAAAAUCGGACUCAUUCAAAUCGCAUCGGAGUCGAAGAUUGGAUUGAUUCAUAUUGGCUUGCACCCCGGAAAGACGGUCCAGGACAUCAUUGCGCCGUCACUCAAAAAGCUGAUCGAAGAUCCGAGCAUUGGGAAGCUUGGUGUCGGCAUCUUGCAUGCAGAUUUUGCGCGUUUACGUCGAUUCUUCAAAUUGUCACCUCGAGGUGCAGUAGAGUUGAGCCAUCUAUAUCGACUAGUCAAGUUUGGUGGCAACAAACCGGAACAUGUGUCGACCAAGAUGGUGAGCCUUGCGCGUAUCGUUGAGGACCAACUGGGUCAUCCGCUGUACAAGGGCGACGUGAGAACGAGUAAUUGGAGCAAACCACUGUCGACGGAUCAGAUCAACUAUGCAGCGGGCGAUGCAUAUGCUGGGUACAUGCUUUACCAUUGUAUGAACUACAAACGCCUCCAGAUGAAGCCAACACCGCCCUUGCCAGUGCACGCGGAAACUUACCAGACAUACAAGAUGUCAGGAAUCAAUGCGCUGAGACUGGACGGUAAAGCCAAGGACGGAACUGUCAUGACUUCCGAAACCUUCUUCGGGGUUGCAAUGAGCGACAGUGUCGCUUCUAAGAAGGGUGGUACUGUGGAAGAGAAGAAAUCGCCAGCGACGUCGAAAUCCAAAGCUCUAGUGAUACCAAAGGAGCUCACAGAUGCGGCAUCUCAAGCAUUGUAUCAAGAGUUGGUCAUAUGUCGAGCCGAGCUUGCUGAGAAAGCAGGCCUUCCGGCUUACAGAAUCAGCAGCAACACUGUACUCGUCGCGCUUGCUCUGCAGCGGCCAGCAGACAAAGAUCAGCUACUAUCUGUCAAAGGCGUGGGGGCAAAAACGCAAGAAACUUACGGUCAGGCGUGGCUAGAUGUCAUUGCAAAGUACUUGGACUCGGACCCCCUGCCCGUAGCCGCUGUGGCUACGGAUUCCGCAAUAGCUGCGGAUCCUGAAUCCGAGCAGCAUGUUGCAGUAGAACCUACAAGUACACCAGUCCGAUCUCCUAGGCGCAAGCAGAAACAAGAUGACGACUCUUCAGACUCUUCUGCAGCUUUUGGGAGUCCAGUGCAGCGCACACCUCAGUUACAUACUGGUCUAUCAUUCACCAUGGCAGAAACAAACCUAAACGCCGAAGAAGCAGACACUGAGCAAUACGAGUCGGACGCGUCCUUACCGUCCUUGGACUUUGGCGACACACCUUCACUUCUACCCCCGCAACUGAAGCGCAAGCGCACGGAGAGUCCAAUGCGAGAAGCUUCACAACGUUUACAGCAAAUGACUCGACCGCGCGAAGACAUCUCCAUAGCUCCUCCGGAAGCCAUCAGCACACCGAAGAAAGGCACAACAGCGCCCCAAGUACCUCUCACACCGCAGUCAAGAAUCACGCGUAACAAGCUGCAAGCAUUCAGCAAACUAGUGACGCGCAAAAUGGCGCAACGACCCGUAGAUGCACCUCCCAUUAUCUCAGAACGCACGCUGAGUUUGAUUGUUGUGCGGGCACCACAGACGAUGAAAGAGCUGGAGCGAAUACCCGGGAUCGAUGCGUUGAUUCUCGCGUGUCAACAGACGGGGACAGAUUUGUUGAAGAAUGUUGUCAAGUUUGCUGGAGCAUCGAAUUGA